AUGGCCCCGUACAACAGCCACUACGGCACUCGCUACGACCCUGUGGGAAGCCAGUACAAUCAGCAACACCACCAGAAUUAUUAUACCCCAAACUCCCAGCAGCCCGCGACGCAGCAGCGACAGACGACCCAGACUCCUCAGCCCCAGCCGUCUGCUCCACCUGGAUACCAACCCUCAUACACUGCAGGAUACUCGAAUCAGCCCUACUACAACUAUCAGUCAACAGAGAGCCGCGCUGCCGAGACGCUGAGCCACCUGAGCGCACAGGAGCAUACAACCUCUCGCUCAAACCCCUCGUGGAACACGUCCGACCGCCCUUCGAGUCAGCAGCACGACUCUUCAGCCACAACCUCGACUUCCUGGCACAACGAUGAUCGACGAACCGCCAAUCCUUCUCCGCUCUAUCAGCAGGAACAACGACCAGCGACCACUGCUGCCAACUAUAGCCCUGCGCAAUCUUAUACCCAGCCAGCAACCAACACUGGUACAUAUUCAUACUCUUCAUGUACCCAGUCAGAGCGGCCACGAGCUCAGACGACCACAUCCAACCAGCCGACCUCCUACGACUACUCUGCCUCCAACUUCCGCCCUUCUAGUUCCUGUACCGCUCGCCAGCAACAAUACCCCAGUGGUCCUCGCUCGAGCAUCUCCUCAGUCGCAUCGACCGCCCCUCGCGAUCAUCACUUGUCAGCAACCGCAUCACACACGUCCGCUAACGUCGGUCAACCGCGUGCCCCAAGUGUCACUCCGAGCUCGAUCCAGCAACGUGCCAGUUCUUCAUACGCCCGCCAGUCCAAUCCUCCCGAUCAGGGCUACGGUUCUGGACCCACCACCGUAGAUCCUGUUCAGGUCUACGACCCUUGGCCAGAGCAGCAGCGCAAACUUGCAGAAGCACGACGAAAGGCUGAAGCCGAAGAAAAGCGAAGACAAGAGGAAGAGGCAAAGAUCAAGGCAGAGGAAGAAGCGAAACGCAAGGCCGAAGAGGAGGUGGAGCGAAAAGCUGAAGAAGAAGCAAGGAUAAAGGCAGAAGAAGAAGCUCGCAAAAAAGCAGAAGAGGAAGCGAAACUAAGAGCAGAAGAGGAGGCUAAACGCAAAGCUGAAGAAGCAGCAGCAAAGCGCAAGGUUGAAGAAAAGCGCAAGGCCGAGGAGAAGCGCAAAGAGGAAGCCAAGAAACAAGAGAGCUUGCGCCUUGCGCGAGAGNGAAGAAGCCAAGCGAAGGCAAUACCAACAUCUCCGGAACAUGGCUUCCCAGCAACGUCAACCGCCUGA